CACAGCUACGUGGAUGGACGGAGCCAGCGAUGGACUUCCCUCAAUGACUUUUAUAGACGAUUUCAUGUUUGGAUUCAUAUCGUCUCGGUCUUUGUUCUGAUUUAACAAGGACGCAUUACAUUGUGUGUCCCCCCCCCUCCCUACGCACACACCUGAGAGGAUACAGCCUUUUACGCAUCCCUGGAGCCGGGGCAAGAAGGACCCUGAAGGUGCGUGCCCAUGAGUGUACUGUCAGCAGCAGGGAGCGACACAAGUACGAGAACCGUAAAAAAAACGAGGAUCUGUCUCUGGCGGCAUGCUUCAGUUGAUGCUCAACAAUGCGAUGAGGAGCUGAAGCCUGACAACAAGUGUGUGUGACGCUCGACACACAUGCAGAAGAGCUGCAGAACGCCAGUGUUGUAGCUUAGUCUGUGCGUGGCUGGACCUGUGUGUGUGUGUGUGUGUUUGUGUGCGUGUGCGUGUGUGUAUAGACUUACUGUGCUCAGUUUAAAGUACUGUGGAGCAGAGGAUUUAAGCCCAAGAGUAUGGUCCAACUGUCCACUUCAGUCUGCCUGCUGGGAAGCCUUUUUGGCCUACUUCUGCUAAUGCCUGUUUUGAAGGCCCUGACACCAGCCAGCAUGUGCACUCCCUUGAAGACCCUCAACGACAGCCUCCACCACAGGCGACGGUACAUGAAGCACAACUUCCCUAUCAACUAUACCAUCAGGGUUCAUCAGAAGGAAGUCUUUAAACUGUCAACCAUCAACAGAAUGAGGUUACAGGUGGAGGGGUUGGAAGACUUGAUUCUCCAAAGGUUGUGGUUCCGGGUUAACCAAGGAGUGUUAAAAAAGAUCAUCCGGGUUUUGCCAGAGAGACAUCCUUCGCGACCGUACACCGCCGAGUUGGAAAGGCGCUUCAGGGAUGCCGAGGGAGUCUUUGUCGGGUUGCAUACCACCGAGGUGUGUGACGACGAUCUUCCAGAGACAAUCGCAGAAAUUUGGGAUCAUUUAACAGAAGAGCCUAACAGAGUGCCGGAGUCCCGCUGGCGAUUUGUUACUCCAAAAUCUCUCCUGGACAACUUCUGCCACACCAUGCUCUGCCUCUUCAGUGACUGCUUUGACAGCACAGAAGCACACCAGGACUACUGUGGUGUUUCUCAUUGGAGGAAAGGCAGGAAGAAAGACUUACAGCCUGAAAGCUGAGAAGAAGCCAGCUCGGUGAAGUUGUCCCUGUUGAAACUGAAUAGGGAUUAGUAUCGUAAUCUUCCUUGAGCUACAGGGAG